AUGGUUAAGGAAUUUAAACUGUCAGGGGAAACUGACAGAAGUGUUGAGGUCAAUUCCAAUCCUGGGAAAGGUGCUUCCCUUUUAAUUUUAACUCAGGUUUUAUCGAAAUUAUUCACCUUUCUUUUGAAUCAACUUCUUGUCAGAUAUAUAUCUCCUUCAAUAUUUGGAGUGUCGGCUUAUCUUGAGUUUUUGUAUUCCACAAUUUUGUUCUUCAGUAGAGAAGCUGCAAGAUUAUCCAUUCAAAGAACCAAACCUUACAAUGAAAUACAGCAAACCCAUCAAUCAAUUCUCAACUUUUCAUUUUUAACCGUCAUUAUCGGUAUUCCAAUCUCAAUAGCUAUUAUCAUGUGGCAAUUAUCAACUGACACCGUACUGGAGAUACGAUCUUCCAUGAGCUACUUCAAUUAUACAAUCUCAUUAUUUUGGGGUCUGACUAUAUUAGAAUUAUUGGUGGAACCGAUCUAUGCUUUAAAUCAAUAUAGUUUGGAUUUUGGUAACAGAAGUAAAUAUGAAGGAAUGGCUGUAUUUUUACGUUGUGUCGUCACAGUUGUUAUAGUUUUGAACAUAAGUGAUACCAAUAUAUUUAACAGAAAUGGUUUAGUAUUAUUAGGGUUUGGAAUCGGUCAAUUUAUCUAUUCAUUUACCUUAUUUGUGUGUUAUUUGUCUAAUUAUUCGAAUUACUCAGUUUCUUUGGUGCCUUCGAAAUUAUCGGAUGGCAGUUUCAUUAAUUCUGAAGUCUUAUCCUUUUGGAAGAUAUCAUUUAUUCAAAUGAUUUUUAAACAGGUUCUAACAGAAGGUGAUAAAUAUAUCAUCAACUCAUUCUUCUCUGUGGAUGAAAGAGGAGUAUAUUCUGUAAUGAAUAACUAUGGUUCCAUUAUUGUUAGAUUGUUAUUUCAACCAAUUGAAGAAUCAGUAAGAUUGUCCUUCACAAGAAUCUUAUCCCAAAUCAAAAAAUCCAGCAGUAUCAAAGAUUAUCAAGACGCUUUGAACACUAUUAAGUACUUGUUGAUAUUCUAUCUUCAAUUUUCUAUCUUGAUCUAUUUGGGUGGUUAUUUCAAUGGAUCUUACUUACUUAAAAUCUUAUUAGGAGGUAAAUCUUCAAAUUGGUUGGAUACUGACUUAUUUCAGGUAUUUCCGUUCUAUAUUUGUUAUAUACCAUUCUUAGCAUUCAACGGGGUUCUUGAAGGGUUCUUGAUGGCCAUUUCUAACCCCACACAAACUAAAUACUAUACUUACUUCAUGUCAAUGGUGAGUAUAUUUGUAUUAGUUUUACUGUAUUAUUUGAUUGAAGUUUAUCAUUUAGGAAUAAGGGGCCUUAUCCUAGCUAACAUCAUAAACAUGACUUUAAGAAUCAUUUAUUGUGGAAUAUUUGUCAGUAAACUCUUCACCAACUCCAAGUUACGUAUAAACUAUUCAAACAUGGUUAGUUUCAUCAGCAAAAAUUUAGCUAUUGUUUUAAUUGGUCAUUACGCCAACGUUUCAAUCGGACCUACCAAGACAUUCAUUGGCUUUACUAAAAGUGUAGGGAUUUGUGUAAUUUCCUUAUUGUUAAUGUUACUUAUAAUAAGGAGAGAUUUAUUCUUAUUAUUCAAAAAAGUUUAUAGAAAACAAGAUUAA